CUGGACACUGCAAGGUCCAACAGGGGAGAUUGAAUCCCUCCCUUCUGUUGCUACAUGCUUCCAUACCUCAUUGCCUCUCGAUGUGAUGAGUUGUACCAAAAUGUGGAAAGGCUCUGGCAAUUGGAUGCAGUUCCCCAUCAAAAUGAAAGGGCAGCCACUCGGUCCAAGCUGGACCAUCAGGCAGUGAACUUGCUUGAGGUAGCCACAAAGAGAGUUUUAGUGGAUGGAAUCUAUCGCUAUGUGACACCCCUCUUGAGGAUCUCAGAGGCACCCCCUCUAAAGGCUCCUCCACAAGCCACAAUGACCCGACUGCGUGCCAUUGAAUCCAAGCUGGCGAAAGAUCCUAAGAAAGCAGCAGCCUAUAACACUGAGGUCUCCAAGCUUGAACAAGCAGGUCAUGUGAGAAGGCUUACCAUAGAGGAAGCUGAAGGCUCACAUGAGGCCUGGUAUGUACCCCAUCAUAUGGUGACACAUAAUGAGAAGAAUCGCCUUGUUUUUGACUGUUCUUUUGACUACAGAGGACAAAACUUGAACAAGAUCUUACUACCUGGACCUACAUUGGGGCCUUCCCUCCUUGGAGUUUUACUCCGCUUUCGAGAACAUGCUGUCGCCAAUAGUGGCGACAUAAAGAGCAUGUUUCAUCAAGUCCAGCUUUUGUCCCAAGAUAAGCCCCUCUUACGUUUUCUUUGGCGGGACAUUAGGAAGGAUGCCUCUCCAACCAUCUACAAAUGGCAAGUUCUUCCCUUUGGGACUACCUGUAGCCCCUGUUGUGCUACCUUUGCCCUUCAAAGGCACAUUGAAAGUCAUACUCAGCCAAAUGACCCAGCGCGCCAUUCAGUAGAGAGGGGAUUCUACGUUGAUAACUGCCUUCAAAGCUUCCCCACAGUUGCCAUGGCCCGUCAGAUUCUCGAUCAGUUGAGGUCAAUUUUGUCCGCUGGAGGCUUUAACAUUCGACAGUGGGCCAGUAAUGACCCAAUGGUCAUCAGUCACUUACAACCGGAUGCAAGAUCUAAGAAUAGUGAGUUCUGGCUCUCUAGAGACACCAUGCCCUCAACUGAAUGUACUCUUGGGCUGCAGUGGAAUUGCCAGACAGAUCGUCUUGGCUACAGAGGGCAGGCAACAAAAUCAUCCAACACAACAAUGCGGUACAUUUACCAUGUCCUUGCCAGCAUCUAUGACCCUUUAGGGUAUCUUAUCCCUUACACGACCAGGGCAAAGGUCCUGGUUCAGCAGCUGUGGGACAAGCCACGGGAAUGGGAUGACCCCUUAUUACCUUGUAACCUACUCUCUGCUUGGAACUCCUGGAGUGAUGAACUGUCAAUUCUCCCAACCGUAACCAUGCCUCGAUGUUACACGUCUAUCCAUGCCCCAGUCCCCUCUACACAAGAUCUUCACAUAUUUUGUGAUGCAUCGGAUUCUGCUUAUGGUGCAGUGGCAUACCUUCGGUCGGAGGUCGGGAAACAAGUUCAAGUAGCCUUCUUGCUUGCCCGAUCUCGUGUGGCACCAAAGAAACAGCAGUCAAUUCCUAGAUUAGAGCUCUGUGCUGCAUUAGUUGGUGCACGUCUUUGUGACUUCCUCAGAACAGAAUUGACUCUCCCUAUCAAACGUACCAUCCUUUGGUCAGAUUCAACCACUGUACUCACUUGGUUGUGGGCAGAUUCAUGCCGCUUUAAGGUCUUCGUUGGUACUAGAGUGUCUGAGAUACAAGAACUUACUAACUGCCAAGACUGGAGGUAUGUCAAUACAGCUGAUAACCCAGCUGAUGACCUUACGAGGGCUGAAACCCUUGGAGAGCUCCAGCGGCCCAACCGGUGGAGCCAAGGCUCUCAAUUCCUUUAUCAACUUUCUGGCACCUGGCCUCUACCCCCUGAUGGCCCCAACAAUGAUAGAGAUCAACAUCACCUUGAAAUUAAGCCCUCCUUUUGUGGAGAAGUUGGCACUAUCAGGUCGGUCCCAGACUUCAGCCUUUAUGGAACUUAUCAAGCCCUCCUUGAUGCUUCUGUCCAGUUGAAGCACCCCUCAAAUGCUCAUGUAACCUCAACUCAAGCAGAUUAUCUUCAGAUAGAGAGAGAAAUUCUGAGACAGGCACAGAUGGAUAGCUUUGGAGAAGACCUCACCCAUCUCAAGGCCAAAAGACCCCUAUUGUCAACCAGUCGUCUACUCACCCUUGCCCCCAAAGUUUGUAUAGACACCGGUCUUAUUCGUGUCGGAGGUAGGCUACGGCAGGUUGAACAGGAACCUAACGCCACUCAUCCUAUUGUCCUCGAUCCCAAACAUCCAGUGUCUAAGCUGCUCAUCCAGGAAUAUGAUGAAAGACUGAAACAUCCCAGCCCGGAGAGAGUAUUUGCAGAGCUCCGCAGGCGGUUCUGGAUUUUGAGAGUGAGAGAGGCAAUACGGAAGUACUAACGUGGUUGUGUCCAGUGCCAACGGUGGCGUGCAAAGCCUGUUGUUCCUAGGAUGG